UGGCCAAUCGGCCUUCGCCUACGUCACCCGGAUAUAUAAUGAUAUUUGAAUGACGCAACCGUUGGCCGAAGUUUAGCGGCCAUCUUGUAUUCUGAUUUUGAACGCUAAGCAGACGGUGGGGAAGACGGGGCGAUACUGAAAGUUUUAUCGCUGAAAAAGGAAGAAUAUUACCAUAAUCGAGCAUAUAUGCAGUAAUAUAUGAUGUUAUUAAAUGGACUCAAUUGUUGAUCUAACCUUAGAAAUACUAAAAUCAGAGUGCUACUGAAGAAGAAUUAGAGCAGGACGGGAGUGAUGUCGGACGACGCGGCGAGAGAAGAUGCGUGUCGAGAGUAUCAGUCGUCUCUGGAAGAUUUGACUUUCAACAGCAAACCUCACAUCAAUAUGCUGACCAUUCUGGCUGAGGAGAACCUGCAUUUCGCCAAGGAUAUCGUCGCAAUUAUUGAAGCUCAAAUCGCCAAGGCUCCAUCAACAGAGAAGCUUCCAGUUUUAUACUUAGUGGAUUCGAUUGUGAAGAAUAUUGGCAGAGAAUAUCUUACAACGUUCACAAAAAACAUUGUAUCUACAUUUAUUUGUGUUUUUGAGAAGGUGGAUGAGAACACUAGAAAAAGUUUGUUUAAAUUACGCUCUACUUGGGAUGAUAUUUUUCCUCUGAAGAAGCUUUAUGCAUUAGAUGUCAGAGUGAACAGCUUAGAUCCCGCCUGGCCAAUCAAACCAUUGCCUCCAAAUGUGAAUAGUUCAAGCAUUCACGUGAAUCCAAAAUUUUUAAAUAAGUCACCUGAAGAAAUAUCUGCUCCGAGAGCCAAUACUCCUCAAAUUCCUGCCACUCCAAUUGUAGCUGAGCCUCAGAAGAAUUUCUCACAGGAGGAUGUGAUACGACAACAGCUGCUUUCAAAGCAGAAACAACUUAUUGAGCUUCAGCAGAAAAAGCUGGAGCUAGAGCUUGAACAAACCAAGGCUCAACUGGCUAUUACUCAGUCUGCUGCAGUUUCAAAAUUACCAUCUACAGCAUGCCAGCCACAUGUUGGGAAAUUAGCACAUCAGCCACCAGUGCCACGUGAGAAAACGUGGUCUCCAAUACAACACCAGGAUUUAAAGUUUUCUACAAGGGAUCCUCGCCUUAACAGAUCUGCACAGCAGCUGCCACCACCAAAAGAUCAUGUAGUGAAAAAAGAAACUCUUGAGCAAGGAACAGCAGUAAUUCAAUCUGAGAAGAGGGUAAAUGUGAAUGUUGAGAAGCAGCCUAAAGCUGAAAAACCUAAGCCUGUUAAAAAAGAAAUGGUGGUUGCUGAAGAGAAAUCUAAAUCCCCUUCACCUUUAAAUAAAGACUUUCAAAACAAAACAAAGGCCAUUGAGCCGGACAGUGCAAAACCAGCAGAAAUGAACAAAAGGGAUCCUCGAAUACGGAAGCAUUUAAAUGAUAAGCCGGAUAUUAAAGAUGAUGAAAUAAAGGACAAAAGAAGAUGUUUGGAGAAGAAAGAAAAGGAGGAUCAAAACAAAAGUUCUGAACAUAGAUCAACAGCAGCUAGAAACAAACUUGUUAAUGGCACCCUUCCUAAACAUGAAAGGGUAGAAAUCUCUGAUAAGCAAGAUUUAAAAAUUGGUGGUCGCUCUAAUUUAAGGAAACGUUCCCGAUCUAGAUCACCAUUACUUCAUUCACCCAAGAGGAAAGAGAGACGUUCCCCUAAGAGAAGGACAAGAAGCAUUUCAUCCUCACCUCCAAAAAUAAAGCAAAGAAUAUCUGGUGCCAAGCAUUCACAUGCAGAAGAUUUUCCAACACAUUCCAGCAUUAGGGAAGACAGAAAUCCUCCCAGAAAAAAUACAAAUGUGCAUGAUCCAAGAAGGCAAAAAAGAAUGCAAGAAGAUCGAUCCACGGAAUCAAGGGAUCCAACAAGGUUACCUUCCGAGUCAAAAGAAGUGUCAAAAAGAUGGAAGAGCAAUUGGGAGGAAAAUAAACAGAAAUACCUGAAACAGUCUGAGGACCAUUUGGUGCAUGGAAAGGCAGGUCCUCAAAGACAUAAGGGAUCAUGGACUGGAGGCCAAAGGAAUCCUGCCCCUCAUACUCCUAAACAGCAUCGGUUAAGUGUUGAUGCAAACCUACAGAUUCCAGACGUUUUAAACUCUGCAAGCAAGAGAGACUUGCUUAAAAAGGCAAACAAAAGACUUUCUGAUGGGGAAAUUACCCAAGAAGAAUUUUUAGUUGUUGCGCAUCAAAUAAAACAGUUAUUUCAGUAUCAAGAAGAAAAACAAAGAUCAGAUGCUUGGGAUAGCACCAAUGAAGAGACUAGAUUUACUGGGAAAAAGAAACCACUGCUUUCUGCACCUUUGAAUACUGGGGAUAUGUCCGAAGCCUAUAUAAAGCACAAAGCUAAAUUACGAAGAACUCAAGUUCAUCAUCAAGGUAGUGAGUAUUGGGAUGUAAAUGAGCCUCGGGAUGAAAAUUACUCAAGUGAUGAGCUUCAUUAUGCAAGAGAGAGUGACUCAUGCAAAGUAAAAAUUGGAUCAAGGACUAGUGAUGAUCCAUUUAAUGUCAGAGACCAAAAUCGUGAUGAAGGUAGACGAGGUUAUGGAGAUAAAGACCAAGAAAAGUGUGAGGAUCCAUCACUGAGUGUGAGGAAUUCUGAGGGCUUUAGCAAAGAUGCAUCUGGCAGCAGAACUGAAUGCCGAAGGCAAAGAGGAAGGCCUGGGCACGAUUUUAGAAAACGAGAUGAACCUCGUGAUUAUAGCAGUUCUGAAGAAAGGCAAAAGUUUAAAACAGAGGGUGGCAGAGAAGACUACCGCGCUUCAUAUAAUGAAAGGUUUUUGCACCCAAAAAAUACAGAAGUGCAUCUUCCCAGAUUGGGAGGUCAUGGAGGAAAUAGAAAAUUUGACGGUCCUGGAGAAGAAUUAAAGAAAUCUGAUGGGACAUCUAGACAUCCUACAGGUUCAUUUGAUUUACCAACUAGUCAUGCUGAGCGCCAUAUUGAUUUUGAAGCACUACCUGGACGAUCUCCUCAUUCAGUAUUUGAUGGAUCUUCCAAUAAACUUGAAAGCCAGCAACUGCCAAUACAUGACUCUCAGAGUAGUUCCAGAUUUGACACUAACUAUGAGUCUUCUGAACCUUCCGAAAGGGUACGAGCUCAGGGCACUUCAGGCCUGUGGAGGUGUGAACGUACAGGGCAGACACCUCCAAGAGUAGCAGAUGAUCUGUCUAGCCAACAGUGUCCAUCUAGAUUUGAUGGAUUCAAAGGGCCAUCAACACAGCAGCCUCUACUGCGUCUAAUGGAUGGAGUCCCUAACCAAAUGGGACAACCCAGAUUUGAUGGUCCAGCAAGACAGCAAGGUUCACUUAGGUUUGAAGGACCACACGGACAUCUGAUACAGCCACGAUUUGAUAGUCCUAUGGUAGGACCUCCAAAUAGGGGCAGAUUCGAUGGACAACCGAUUCAAAUGAGAUUUGAUGGUCCCCAGGUACAAAAUACACCAGCAAGAUAUGAUUGUCCUACAGGGCAGCCAGGUCCUCUUAGAUUUGAUGGCCCACCACUUGGGCAGCAAGGUCCAGUGAGGUUUGAUGGCCCUCCUGGGCAGCAGGGUCCAGUGAGGUUUGAUGGUCCUCCUGGGCAGCAGGGUCCAGUGAGGUUUGAUGUUCCAUCAGGGCCACAGGGGCCUGUGAGAUUUGAAGGGCCACUAGGUCAGCAGGUACCUAUGCGAUUUGAUGGGCCAAUGAGGUUUGAGGGCCCAUUGGGUCAGCAAGGCCCAAUUAUGUUUGACUGUCCAGUAGGUCAGCAGGGACCUUUGAGGUUUGACGGUCCUUUGGGCCAGCAGGGCCCAGUAAGAUUUGAAGGUCCCUUGGGACAACAGGUCCCAGUGAGGUUUGAGGGUCCUAUGGGUCAACAGGGUCCCGUAAGAAGUGAACCAUCAAUGGGACAGAUGGGUCCAGUGAGGUAUGAAGGUCCUCUAGGGCAGCAAGGUCCAGGCAGGUUUGAAGGAUCAUUGGGACAGCAGGUUCAAGGUCGAUUUGAAGGACAUCUUGGACAACAGAUACCAAGCAGAUUUGAAGGUCCACCUGGGCAGCAAAUGCCAGCAAGGUUUGAUGGCCCACUUGGGCAGCAGGUUCCAGGCAGAUUUGAUGGAAAUCCCUUGCAUUCAGACUUGUCAGUGUUUGAUUGUCCAUCAGAUCAACAUAACAGUUUACGUUUUCAAGGAAUAACAGGCCAUCAGGGCCCUGUCAGAUCUCAAGGACCUCGAUUUGAUGGAUUACGACCUCAAGGUGAAGGACCAGGAGCAUGCUUUGAAGGAUCAAACAAUCCAUCUCAAAUGGCAAAUUUCAACAUGCCCAUUAACAGAUUUGGAGAAAAUUGUUUUGCAGCCCCUCAGGCAUUUCAGGGGCAGCAGGAACCUUUGAUGGAUUUCAGUUCUGGAAACAGUUUUAAUGGACCACCAAAUAGUGGGGGAACAGAUUUUCCCAAUGCCUUCAGCAGAUCAAGUGCAACGUUCUUUACACCUGGUUCUCAGGUUUCAAAUACUGAGAUUAGAAAUGAAAUCCCAGCUGUGAUGCCUGUUCGGGCACUCGUUCAACAACAAACGGGAAGUGUUCUGCCAGGACAGCAGUUUAUUACAUCACAAAGUUCUGUGGCUUUAAGCCAACCAGUUCCUGAGCCUGAUUUUGGACAGGUGGAUGUCAAUGACCUAUUUGCAAAAUUAAUAGAUACAGGGAUAAUAAAACUUCCGUCUACAGAUUCCUCUGCAAAUGAUUCUGCAGCUGCAUCUCAGUCCCAUCCAACUGAGGAGGAUGAUGAUGAUGAUGAACCAGAUGAGGACCAGAAUAUUCCAGAUCUUACUGGGUUUAUAAUGGAGGAAAUGAAACAACGUUAUGACAGUGUUAUUAAUAGGCUGUAUACUGGAAUUCAGUGUUACUCUUGUGGGAUGAGAUUUACCAGUUCACAAACUGAUGUCUAUGCCGACCAUUUGGACUGGCAUUAUCGACAGAACAGAUCUGAAAAGGAUAUAAGUAAAAAAGUUACCCACAGAAGAUGGUACUACAGUUUGACAGACUGGAUAGAGUUUGAAGAGAUAGCCGAUUUAGAGGAGCGGGCAAAAAGUCAGUUUUUUGAAAAGGUACAUGAAGAAGUUGUACAGAAGACACAGGAAGCUGCCAAGGAAAAAGAGUUUCCAAGUGUUAAGGCUGCUCCAGAUGUUGUCGAUGAGAUAUGUGAAAUUUGCCAGGAGAAAUUUGAAAUGUACUGGGAGGAGGAAGAGGAAGAAUGGCAUCUCAAAAAUGCUAUUCGUGUUGAAGAAAAGACAUAUCAUCCCUCUUGCUAUGAAGAUUACAAAAAUUCAUCAUUUGCUGAUUUUACUCCUUCGCCUAGUAAGGCUCCUCUAGAAAAUCCUUUAAAUUCUUUAAUUCCACAAGAGACUGAAGAACCAUCCAUGAGUGAAAGUAUUAAACAAGAAGCAGGUAAAAGAGUCGGCAGCUGUAAGGAGGAAAGUAGUUCUGAUGAAAUAAAAUUGGAACAAAUUGAAAUAAAAUCGGAACGAGAAUCACCAGAAGCCUGCAUGAAUGCGGAGUAAAAAAAAAAGGAAAAAAAAAUGCUGCUAUUUGAUUCUUUUUUUAAACCAUCUGAGGAAAGUGAGAAUGCAUAGUACUGUAUUUUGGUUAUGUAUAAAUUAUUUUUAUAUUAAAUGCUGAGGCAAUGUGCUCAGCUCUACAUACUUUAAAUACAUUUUUGUAUUUGAUUCUUUCAAAUUGCCUGCUCAAAUCAGGCAUUAUGUUGUGUGAGAGGACUGUAAAUGUACCUAAAAGAGAAAUUGUAUGUAUCAGAUUUAAUUUAUAAAUAAAGCUAUUUUUGCUAUGUUUGAUGUGUAAUAUUAGUAUACAUCAUACUGCUACUGUCAGAGGUGAAUCUUAAGUAUUGGUUUAUUAAAAUGCUUAAAUACAAAAAUGUUAAUGUUCACAAAUAAAGAUUAACUUUUGAGUUCUUUUUUUGGGGCGGGGUUGAAAAGGAGAAAUAAAUCUUUAACAUUAAACUAAUCAUUUGGGGGUGGGGGGGAUUCCUUUUGCCCACUGAGUGCAUUUAUUUGAUAUGGUUUGGAAAGGUAAGGCAAUCACAUAAACCACUGAUGGAUUUUUAUGAACAGUAAUAAUUCUUUAAUGGUCUUCGAGAUUCUUCGUCAAGGAAAUGUUGCACUCUGGGCAGUGAAAUCUGUAAAUAUGGUCAAUAGUAAUUUCUGGAUGAUUUUGAAAAGGUUUGAAGAAUUUACUUUCUAAUCUUGCGUGCAGCAGCAGAGUUUGAAAGGACUUGAAUAAUCAAUAAAAUAUUUAACUUUA